CAAGUGAUGAACGUUUAUCAACCCCGAAUAUCGAGGUUCAGGUUGCUCCCUCUGGUGCAAAAGUGGAGGCUGAUAUCCAAUCGCUACCUCAGCAUGCACAAGAUGCUACAGAGCACAUAUAUUUGCUUUUGAGACCUGCGGUAACUGCGGCGUCUGCUGUCAAGAAUGCACAAGAGGAUCUCGAUAUUGCAAACAAUUUUCCGGACACAUAUCUCCAACCCCUCAAAACAUUUGACGCUGUUAUCGAAAAGCUCGCGGAUGUACAUCCAUAUGCAAAGAUGGCACUGGGCGUGUUGUCUCGUGCGGCUAAAAUCUCAAGCAGAUCGCGACGCAGCGGUACUCGAACUUCUCCAGAAGUUGUCUCAAGUUUACUACUUUAUAGCACAAGAUCAGAUGCUUGGACGAAUCUCUUCGAUGCGCAUCACCCUUGGACAGAUAUCCCGGCAGACCCUUGAGUGCGCUCAAUUUAUCAAAUAUCAUUCAGAAAUCAAGAGCUUUUGGAAUAGACUCGGAAAGAACAUCGUCUCAGAAACGACUGAUGCGAUCCAACAGUACAGUGACGUGUUAGAUGCACUCAUGCAAAACCUCCGGGACCAAGUGGCUCGCAAUGUCUCUAUACACAUCCACCAUACGGGAGAAAUACACCACCUCAACUGCAUGAUCUAUGCAGAGGACGCGGGACUGGAUCCCAGGAAAGAAUGCCUUGAAGGGAUGCGUACAGAAAUCCUUUCCCAGAUCAUGGAUUGGGUCAACAGCACUGGGGACCACGUUCCACGCGUGCUGUGGCUAUCUGGCCCCGCAGGCAAGGGGAAAUCAGCUAUCGCCCACACCAUUGCUAAAUGGGUCCAUAAUGUGGGAGGGCUUGUUUCAUGCUACUGUUUUGACCGCCUGCGAGAAGCAGACCGUCGCCAUGAAAAGAUCUUUUACACAAUCACGUGCCACCUGGCUGACCGUGAUCGGGAGAUGAUGCGGGCAUUAGCAGAUGAGUUCAGAACGCGAACUUCAAUUUGCGCAAUAAUGCAGCGGAUAUCACCGAGCAGUGGCAGGAUCUUAUCAUUGAACCACUGAGAAAGACAUCUGGGUUAACUAUUGGACCCAUUGUGAUCAUAAUUGAUGCACUGGACGAGAGCGGUGGAGCAGAGAUACGGAAAGACCUCCUACAUAUUCUGGCUGGC